UCGCCGGGUGGCCAGAGUUGUGAGAGGUUUCGUGAGGGAAGGUUGCAUGGGUAGUUUCAUCGAGCGCGUGCUGUCACUGGUCUUCGUGUGCGUUUGCGUGGCGGGCCGGCCCAGCGAGGUGCUCCGCGUCGAGAGGGCCGUGGUGGAGCGAGCCGAGCGCGAGGAAGGCUUCGCGGGGCUCCUGAGGGGACCUCUCCACAGAGCCAAGCGCUGGGCGGAGAAGGCGGCCGGCAGGCUCGGCCGAGGAACGAACGCUUGACCCGGCCGCCAUGGGCCCACUGCUGUCUCUGGGCGCCGGGCUCCUGCUGCUCCUCCUGUGGGCGCGCUACAAGGGCCUGGGCUACGUCCUGGUCCACCACCGCUGGGUCUUCGUCUGCCUCUUUCUCCUGCCCCUCUCCGUCCUCUUCGACAUCUACUACCAGCUCCGUGCCUGGGCCGUGCAGAGGAUGCACAGCGCGCCCCGCCUCCACCACCAGAGAGUCCAGCAGAUCCAGGCGCAGGUUCAAGAAUGGAAAAAAGAAGGCCAAAAAACAUAUAUGUGCACAGGCCGCCCUGGCUGGCUCACAAUAUCGCUUCGUGUUGGGAAGUACAAGAAAAUUCUGAAAAACAUAACAAUCAACUUGAUGGAUAUAUUAGAAGUAGACACUGAAAGACAGGUUGUCCGUGUGGAACCCUUGGUUUCAAUGGGACAGUUAACAGCACACCUUAAUCCCAUGGGCUGGACUAUUCCAGUAGUCCCAGAGCUUGAUGAUCUUACAGUAGGGGGCUUGAUCAUGGGGACUGGCAUUGAAAGUUCUUCCCAUAUCUAUGGACUGUUUCAGCAUACCUGUGUAGCCUAUGAACUUGUUCUUGCUGACGGAAGCCAUGUGAGAUGUACACCGGAGGAGAACUCUGAUUUAUUUUAUGCAGUUCCAUGGUCAUAUGGGACCUUGGGCUUCCUAGUUGCAGCAGAAAUAAAAAUGAUCCCAGCUAAGAACUAUGUGAAAUUAUUUUAUGAACCUGUAAGAGGACUCAAGGCAAUCUGCAAGAAAUUUGCUGAAGAAUCAGAGAAUAAAGAGAAUCAUUUCGUGGAAGGUCUGGUGUAUUCUUUAGAUGAAGCUGUCAUAAUGACAGGAGUUUUGACGAAUAAUGCUGAUACGCGCAAGGUUAAUAAAAUUGGAAACUUCUACAAGCCAUGGUUUUUUAAGCAUGCAGAGAACUAUCUGACAACCAAUACAACAGGAAUGGAAUAUAUUCCAGCCAGACAUUAUUAUCACAGGCAUACACGAAGCAUUUUCUGGGAGCUCCAGGAUAUCAUUCCUUUUGGCAAUAACCCUUUUUUCCGCUACCUGUUUGGCUGGAUGGUUCCUCCUAAAAUCUCCCUUUUAAAACUGACUCAAGGAGAAGGAAUUCGAAAGCUUUAUGAACAGCAUCACGUAGUACAAGAUAUGAUGAUUCCCAUGAAAAGCCUUGAGCAAUGUAUUGAAGCUUUUCACAGUGACAUUAAAGUCUAUCCACUAUGGCUAUGUCCCUUCAAAUUACCUAAUAACCCAGGCAUGAUUCACCCUAAAGGAAAUGAAACUGAGCUCUAUGUGGACGUUGGAGCCUAUGGAGAGCCAAGAACAAAACACUUUGAAGCCAUGGCUUCCACCAGGCAACUAGAAAAAUUUGUGAGGAAUGUUCAUGGUUUUCAGAUGUUGUAUGCAGAUUGUUAUAUGACUCGUGAGGAAUUUUGGGAAAUGUUUGAUGGCUCCCUAUACCAGAAGCUGAGAAAGGAACUACAGUGUGCUCAUGCUUUUCCAGAGGUGUAUGACAAAAUCUGCAAAGCUGCAAGACAUUAAGUCCAAUUUGCCUAAACAAGGAUUUAGGAAAAUUAGGACUUAACAAUAAUUAAUUACUCUGCCCUUAACAAAAACAAGUUGCUGUUCCAAAGACUUUAAAGCGUACCUAUGUUUUGAGAGUACAUGCUCCUGCCUUUAUAUGAAAAUAGAGCUAGUAGUUCAUUUUCAAAAGAAUAUCUUUUAUUAGAAUUUUCCAAUCAAAUCUUCUGUGGUUUAAUAACAGCUUAUCUAUUGAUCUGUAUAUUUAGAGAUAUUCAGCAGAAGGGGAAUGGAAAUAUUAUGCUGAAGUAGAAUAACGUGACUUCUUAGAAAUAGAACUACAACCCAACUAAAUGAUAUAGUAGUUCUGUGGGAGCUCUACUACUAUAAAUAUAAUUGGAUGAAAUCCUGUAUCUAAAACAGAGCCUAUGUCUAAGAGUAAAGCCAAAUACGACUGACUGCCAAAUCAGAUUGCCUUUGAAAUGUCAUAGUUGCCUAUUUCCAUAUCACUAACUUGCCCAGGGUUUCUGUUUGCAUAAUUAAAAUAAGCACACAUUAGACUCACCGUUGUAAACCUGUCUGAACACAAUGGAAAGCUUAGGGAAAGUUUUCAGUAGUGUGAACUUGUCUUAACCUCAUUCUCUUUCACACUCCUUAAUUAUGUUUAUAUUUUCUAUGGAGAUUCCCAUCAUGGUUAUUUGUUGUUACAGAGAAAGGCAAUCCCAAGUGUGCACUGCUGAGGGAGAGUCCAUAUGUUUAUCCUUUCUGUUUAUUAACAGCAGCUGCAGUACAACCUUCUGUUUCCAUGGGCCACCAAUAUCCUUGGUUUCAUUCAUCCACAUCUGAUAAAAUGUGUCCUGUCGGCAUUUUGUAGGUCCUCUAAUAUGACUUCAUGGCAAUGCUUCUCAAUCUUUGGUCCUCCAAGUGUUUUAGACUUCAGUUCCCACAAUUCCUAACAGCUAGUCAGCUGCCUGGGAUUUCUGGGAGUUGAAGUCCAAAACACCUUGAGGACCAAAGAUUGAGAAUCACUGCUCUAGUGAUUUCUUAUGCCAGAACCCUUUCAUUUCAAUUGGGUUCAGUCAUCCAUGGUUUUGUGACUCCAGGGAUGCAUCUCCUGUGGAUAUGGGAAUUGUACUGUGUUCUUCACCGUUUGUAUGACUCACACAUACUACUUUCCAGAGCUGUGUGGGGCCUUUUUGUGCAUUUCUUUACUGCUCCCCUCUUUGUUCGCUUUCGUUCGCCACCAGCACAGCUGCAGCAGGAACCUCCCCACUACUUCUUGUGAAAAUGUACAAACUGCUAUUUUUUCUUCUUCCUUUUUUUUUUACUCCAUUUCUUUCUCCAUCUUUUUAAAAAUUCUCUUCCAUCUAUCUAUUAGACUGAUGGUGAUGAAGCUCUUCUUUAAAAAGGUUAUGUACAGUAUGAAAACAAGUUCUUCCUGUACCUUCAUUUCCCAAUUUGUUUUGCACAGAAUGCUGAAAGGUUUGGUUUGUUUCUGUGCUACUUUAUGGUGCCAGUGUUUCAUUUUUAGUGAUAUCUUUAAAAUAAUUGCCAUUAGUUUGACAUGGAGUAUUAGAAUGCUUUCAUUUUGUGCCUACCUAUUAUAUUAGUUCCUUUGUUCAUGAAUGAGCAAUGUUGGUGGAGGAGUUUUAUGUGGUACUACAUUAACCAUGAUUUCAAAGGAUGCCUUUUCUAUUGUCAAAUUUUAUUAAUAGCUUUCAGAGAUUAUUAUUUUUCAUAGGCCUUCUUCUGUUCUUAUUAGAUUAUUUUAGUGCCUUAAAUUAGAUGGGAAAAAUUAAGUUGAUUUCAGGCCAUUCUGAUUUUAAGAGUAACAUAAUUAGUAGAAAUGACAGGUGCGUAUUUGUGUGUAUGGGAUAUCUCCAGAAUAAUUUAGAAAAUACCUAGACUUAGAUGCUUCAAAACUGGAAUUGAGAUUCUUUUUUCUUGUACAGCCCAAUACUGUUUACAACUCAGAGGUCUGUUGGAGUUUGGUACAUAAAAUUGCAAUCAUAGAGUCAUAGAAUCAUAGAAUAGUAGAGUUGGAAGAGACCUCAUGGGCCAUCCAGUCCAAUCCCCUGCCAAGAAGCAGGAAAUCGCAUUCAAAGCACCCCCGACAGAUGGCCAUCCAGCCUCUGCUUAAAAGCCUCCAAAGAAGGAGCCUCCACCACAGUCUGGGGGAGAGAGUUCCACUGCCGAACACAUUUCUUACUUGCAAACAAGCAGCCAGAAAGUGAUUAGACACCAUGUUUUCAUCAUUUCUGUGUCAUUCCUGCCUAUGAAUUCAAAUGUUACAAACAGCAUGAUCUCUUUCUUCCCUUUAUUACUGUGUAACAACACCCUAUUAUGUGGGACAAUUAACUUUUUUGCUCGAGUAAUAAGGAACAAGCUGCCAAAAUCGUAUCAAUGCUUCCUAAUAUCUUAAUAUAGCAAUAGGUCACAUUUGGCUAAGGCUAUGAACUUUCAUAUAAUGAAAGUGAGCUUCCACUUUGCACCUGUGAUCAACUGUGGAAAGUUUUGUUGAGUGGGCUUGGGUUUUAUAUUUCGUUUAUCAGGUUUAACCAAAAUUUGAUCCAAAGACUAGACAUAAGGAGAAAUCUUCACUUGGAUGUAUUUAUUUUGAACUUCUGAGGAAAUGUUUGGCUUGGUGAGAGAAAACUGUCAGGUUUUAUUUAUCAUGUUUAAAAGAUACCAUAUAGGGACUGAUGAGAGGGAACCAGUAAGAGAAUAUUUUAUCCUUUCAGCAACACAUACAUGCCCAUGCUAUGAUCCAUAGGAUCAAAAUGUUGGAAAGGGGGAAAGACCCUGCUUACACUUCUGUAGUGCCUACUCAAGACAUCUGAAUAUCAUUCCAUAAUACUUGUAUGAAAGGAAAUUGAUGAAAACAGCAUAGACCCACCAGGAGGCCUGCCUGGUGACAUUUAGCAACCUUAAGGGCCCUAUUUGUUCAACGUAACAGCACCUAACUGGAUGAGCUGCUGAAUCCUACCCAAAAACAAAUGGUGGGGCAGUAUUUUCCAUCACACUGGGGACAACAGUCUAACAACGAGCCUAGAACAAGCUGUACAAUACACAUAAUUUCUCCAAGAGAGGAAAAUUGCUGGCCAAGUGAUGUUUACUACCAUUCUCUCGUUGCAACUGGCAUCGAAGUCAAUUGGACUCUGCCUAGUAGCUAAUGCUGGUUAGAUAGAAAUUGAAUCUGAAAGAAGACCAACAGCUACAACAUACCCCAUGCUUACCAUUCAUUUGUACAGAGGUUAGUUCUGCAGGCAAGAGUUGUAUGUGCAGGGCGUGUCUUCAUUUUGUGUCACACAUGGAAUUAUUUCUUACCACAGGUUGUACCUGCAAGUGCAUUUAUUGUUCUCAGUUGCUACAGCCGUAGUAAAAGUCCUGCUCACUGAGAUGUUCUAACCCAAUGCCAGCAGCAACAGUGUACUUUGUGUUGCGACUGUCAGCUAUUUUGUACCAGUUCACUUAAGCAGAAUGUAUGCUACUAUCAUAAACUGCUAUUUUAAUGUGACUGAAUAAAAUUGUGGUGGUUUAAUUUUUCAAAAA